AUGGCGACGAGAGAGAACAACGAAAAGCGGCUGCUGAGCCGGGUGGCGACGUCGGUGCCGGACGCACAGUCGGCAAUCGACCGGUCGCUUCCCGAGUUCCCGGCGGCGACGCCCAUAGACGAGGACAGCUACUUCCGGCUGCACAAGCCGCCGGCGUACCUCUCGCAGAUCAGCACGGGCGUGGCGAGCUUCAUUAACGAGAACCACGGGCGGCGGCGGAAGAUUGUGCUGGUGACGUCGGGGGGGACGACGGUGCCGUUGGAAAACAACACGGUGCGGUUCAUCGACAACUUCAGCGCCGGGACGCGGGGCGCCACGUCGGCAGAGUACUUCCUCGAGCAGGGGUACUCGGUGAUCUUCCUUCACCGGGAGUUCUCGUUGUUGCCGUACUCGAGACACUUCAGCCACACGACGAACUGUCUCCUCGACCACCUGCAGUUUUCGCAGGACGGGGAGCGGGUCGAGGUGGACGGCGUGCUCCAGAAGGAUCUUCUGAGCGUGCUGGCGCAGUACCAGAAGGUGAAGGCGAACAACAUGCUUCUCCUUGUGCCGUUCACGACGGUGCACCAGUACCUCUUCACGCUCAAGUUGAUUGCGCAGGAGCUCUCGGUGAUCGGCUCGGACGCCCUCUUCUACUUGGCGGCCGCGGUGUCGGACUUCUUCUUGCCGACCUCUCGGAUCCCGGAGCACAAGAUCCAGAGCCAGGAGCACGGCGGCAAGUUGGUGGUGGACCUCGAGCCCGUGCCGAAGUUCUUGCGCCGCUUGGUUGACUCGUGGGCGCCCAUCGCCAUGAUUGUCAGCUUCAAGUUGGAGACCGACAACACGAUUCUCAUCAAGAAGGCCCGCACCGCCCUGGAGCGCUACAACCACCAGUUGGUCAUCGGCAACCUUCUCCAGACACGUAAGUACGAAGUCGUGUUUGUCACACCGGACAACGAGCAUUGGAUCCGCCUCUCCAAGGACGCCGCCGAACACAAGGUCGAGAUCGAGUCCCUCAUCAUCCCGCGGAUCGUCGCCAUGCACAAGACCUGGAUCGAAAGCAGAGAAACCAUGUAG